AUGGCAAAACUUCUUGAAGAAAAAUUUAAGGAAAUGGCAAGAUUGCUAGCUUUAAUUCUUGAAGGUCUGGGGAAGAGAGUUAUUAAAGCCCGCCAUGAGAAGUUGAAGCUGACCGCUUUGUGCUCUGCAGACAGACCCAUGAAAAGCCUUGGACUAACUGCAAAGCUGAAACCUUUCUUUCUGUCUUCAAAGAAAGAUUACAACUUUAACAACAUAACAGUCAAGAAUCACAACCAGCUGUACCGUCUCAUUUCAACAAAGUCUUCAUGCUCUAGUUUCGUUAUAGGAAAGGACCCAGUUGCUCUUUCAAAGGCCUUAUCUUUCUGCGAGAAUUUAAAGUCAUUAAUUCCUGGAACCCAAAUUCAUGGUUAUAUUAUUAAACUCGGAUUUACUAGUGAUGUUUUUAUUUCGAAUAAUUUGAUCAAAUUUUAUGCAAAAGGUGGACUUUUGAGUUAUGGGUUUAAGGUGUUUGAUGAAAUGCCUGAAAGAAAUGUUGUUUCUUGGACUUUGAUGGUUUGUGGAGCUAUUAAAUGUGAGGAAGUUGAAAUGGGUUUGGAGGUUUUUUUGGAAAUGAGAAGAAGUGGGUUUGUGCCUAAUGAGUUUGGACUUGGUAGUGUUAUGAAGGUGUGUGGGAAUAGUGUGGAAGGUAGGGAGUUUGGUUUGUCUGUUCAUUGUUUUGCUUUGAAAAUUAGAAUGGAGAGAAACCCUUUUGUGGGUUGUUCAGUUCUUUUCUUUUAUUCUAAGUUGGGGGAUAUUGAAGCAGCAGAGAGGGUGUUUGAGAGUUUGGAAGAGGUUGAUGUUGGUUGUUGGAAUGCUAUGAUUGGAGGGUAUGUACAAUGUGGGAAUGGUUUUGAAGCUAUGAGUACUGCAUCUUUAAUGCGAAGGAAAGGAAUAUUUAUGGAUAAGUAUACCUUCAUAAGCAUUAUUCAGGGCUGUUCACUUCUCGCUGACUUAAAUUUUGGAAGGCAGAUUCAUGGAUUGAUCAUUAGAAGUGAGCUGGAAUUUAGUGCUCCGGUAAUGAAUGCUCUUAUGGAUAUGUACUUUAACAAUGGUGGAAUGAAAUCUGGUUUGGCAGUCUUUAAGCAGAUGCAUGAUAGAGAUAUUGUAACGUGGAAUACUGUAUUUGGAAGCUUCUCCCAACUUGAAGAUCCUAAAGACAUUGUAAAUUUGUUCCGUGGUUUUCUGCUAACCAGCAUGAGGCCUAACCACAUUACCUUCUCAAUUUUAUUUAGAGAAUGUGGGAAUCUGCUGAAUCUUGAUCUCGGGCUUCAGUUUUGUCGCCUUGCAUUCCAUUUUGGAUUAUUUGAUGAAGUCAACAUCACAUCUUCACUAAUCAAUAUGUUUUCCAGGUGUGGGGAAAUGCAAAUGGCAAACUUAGUAUUUGAAAGUAAAGUAUCCGAAAACAUAAUUAUUUGGAAUGAGUUAAUUGCAGGGUACAACUUGCAUUGUUGUGAUGCAGAAGCCCUAAAGACCUUCUAUAGCUUAUUGCUGUUGGGAGUUGAAGCAAAUGAGUAUACUUUUUCAAAUGUCUUGGAAACUUGUUCCAGAUCUGAGAAUCAGCUAAUGAGCAGACAAAUUCAUGGAGUUGUAUUUAAGUCUGGCUUCGCUUCUCAUGGAUAUGUUUGCAGCUCAUUAAUCAAAUGUUACAUUAAAUUUGGGCUCUUGGAUGAUUCCUUUAAGGUUUUCAAUAUGCUUGAUACACCAGACAUUGCAGCCUGGGGAGGCAUGAUAUCUGCAUUCGUGCGUCAAGGCUACAAUUGUGAAGCUAUUAGAUCACUCUACUUGCUGAUAGAAGCUGGUGAGAAACCUGAUGAAUUUAUUUUGAGCAGCAUUUUAAAUAGCUGUGGUGGUACUGCAGCUUAUUGUCAAACCAAAUCUGUUCAUUCACUGAUUCUCAAAUUGGGGUUUGAAGGACAUGUAUUUGUUGCUAGUGCAGUUCUAGAUGCAUAUGCAAAGUGCGGGGAUAUCCAAAGUGCAAAGAUGGCUUUCAACCAGUCAUGCAAAUCCAAUGACAUUGUUAUGUAUAAUGCCUUGAUCAUGGCUUAUGCUCGUCAUGGUCUAAUUGUGGAAGCUUUGGACACUUUUGAUAAAAUGAAGUUGGCUAAUCUACAGCCCAGCCAAGCCACAUUUGUGUCAGUUGUAGCAGCCUGUGGUCAUGUAGGCCUUGUUAAAAAAGGAUGUCAAUUGUUUAAAUCAAUGGACUUAUAUGGAAUGGAGCCAUCUCCUGAUAUUUAUGGUUGCCUAGUUGAUAUGUUCUCACGAAAUGGAUACCUUGAUGAUGCUAAGAAAAUAAUUGAAACGUUGCCAUAUCCUCCUUGGCCUGCUAUUUUGAGAUCCUUGCUCAGUGGUUGCAGAAUGUACGGAAACAGAGAAUUGGGAGAAUGGGCUGCCAAGAAGUUACUUCAGUUAGUUCCUCAUACUGAUGCUGCAUAUGCAUUGUUGUUCAAGAUUUAUUCUGAGUUGGGUAGUUGGGAAGAUGCAGCGAAUGUGGGGAGGGAAAUGGCAGAAAGAGGCCUUAGAAAAGAUCCAGGACAAAGUUGGAUUGAAGCAUGGCAAUCAUUUAUUACCUGCUUAUUGCUGGUUCCCUUGGUGGUGGAGUGGAUUCUUAUAUUGGCAUGGGGAAACCUAUUCAUUGUUGCUGACAGAACUGCAAUAGAGCAUACUGUGGACCGACUUAUGGAUGGUGGUGCCAAACAAGAAAGUAAAAGUUCUAUGCUACUCCUUGACAUGGCUUCAACUGUCAAAGUUACAGAUUUGCUAGACUCUGAUGGGCAACCAGCAGUAUCUGCUCAGAGAAGAAUUCGAUCUUCUGGUUUAGUUGAAGAAGCAGAAGCAGCUGCUAUGGUGUUGGAAGUACAGGUGGCUUUAGUCCAUGGUCUCAACCAUAUCAAUGGUUCCACUGACAGGCGGCUUUUCUUGCCAAUUCAAGAGUCCUUACAAGCAACUUCCUACUUUGGUUUGUUGUUCUCUUCUGUUCUUUUUAAGCAGCAAAAGAAACAGUUUAAUGGUUGCCAAAGAGCUUCAAGAGUUGUCUCGUACUAUGCCUUAAAGACCCCACCUUAUAAACUCGAUGCUUUAGAACCAUAUAUGAGCAAGAGAACAGUGGAGGUGCAUUUGAAAGAACAUCAUAGUGCCUAUUUGGAAGGAUUGAAUAAAGCAUUAGCGAAAAGUGAUAUACUUUAUGGAUGUACUCUGGAUGACCUUGUCAAAAUGACAUAUAACAACGGCAACCCUUUGCCAGAAUUCAACAAUGCUGCCCAGUUUCUUUCGUCCAUUUUCAAGCACAAGAUUCUUGUUACCAGACUAAAAGUUAAAGGAGGAGGGGACAUGCCAGAACUUGGCGUGCUUGAGCAGAUUGAAAAGGAUUUUGGUUCCUUCACAAAUUUCAGAGACAAGUUUACAGAAACAGCUCUUACACUAUUUGGCUCUGGCUGGGUUUGGCUUGUUUUGAAGAGAGAAGAACCGCGACUGGAUGUGGUUAAAACAUCAAACGCUGUUACUCCACUUGUAUGGGGUGACAUUCCUAUCAUCAGCUUAGAUAUGUGGGAGCAUGCUUAUUAUCUUGACUACAAGGUAUGUGCCAUCACUUGGGAUCUCCUUUUUCUCUAUCAUGAGUUGUUUUCUUGUAUUGAUCAUGGAGCAUUCCCUGAACAGAAUGACAGGGAGAAGUAUGUCAAUGUGUUUAUGAACCACCUUGUAUCUUGGAACAUGGCGAUGGCACGCAUGGCCCGUGCAGAGGCAUUUGUCAAUCUAGGCGAACCUAAAAUUCCUGUUGCUUAA